GGAUGCCGGUAACUCGCGUGGCUUCAGUGAUUCCAAUGAGAUCAAAACUCAGUGGUUUCCUCUGUCUGCUUCACAGGCAACACAGAGACACGAAGAGAUCACACAGAGAUAUAUGCAUCGCCUUAAAGACAAGAAACACGAGACUGUCCAGACAAAAACUAUUUGGAGAAAUGAACACACUGCCAACAUCAGAUAUACCAGACAUAGAUACAGAGGCUCCUGCAGCAGUCAUGUGUUCGGCAGACACAAUCUUCCGGUCGUCCCUGCGCUCGUCCCUGGAACAGACACCUCUGCCAGACGCUGUGGAUACACAAGACACCAUCAAACAGUUUUUGUCCGAACGAAUCCUGAAGGCAGCACGGGUGGUGUACAUCACUCUGUUGGAGCGUAAUCCAGGCUUGAUAAGAGACAGAAAACACCAUCUUAAGACCUACAGACAGUGCAGCAGUGGGAAGGAACUUGUGGAUUGGCUAAUGAAACUCAAUGAUUGUUUCCAGUCACGGAGUCAGGCAGUCGGGAUGUGGCAGGUUUUGGUGGAUGAGGGCAUUCUGGUUCAUGUGAAACAGGAGUUAAACUUCCAUGACAAAGACACACAGUUUUACCGCUUUGUGGAGGCCGACUUUGACCUUAACAACACAACUAUUGAGAAAGACUCCAAAGACGAUGAACUCCAAGAGAGUUUAUCGUUACUAGUCCAAAUGGGUCCAGAUGCUCUUCUGACUAUGAUACUCCGUAAAUGCCCGAACCAGAGAACUCCUGAUGACCUGGAAGUUAUUUACGAAGAACUUCUGCACAUCAAAGCUGUGGCCCACUUAUCUACAUCUGUUCGGAAGGAGCUGGCAGCAGUGCUGGUUUUUGAAAGCCAUGCCAAGGCAGGAACAGUCUUGUUCAGUCAGGGGGACAAAGGGACUUCCUGGUACAUCAUCUGGAGAGGCUCUGUUAAUGUCAUCACACACGGCAAGGGCUUGGUGACCACACUCCAUGAGGGAGAUGACUUUGGGCAGUUGGCCUUGGUGAACGACGCCCCUCGUUCUGCCACCAUCAUCCUAAGAGAGGACAACUGCCACUUCCUGCGGGUGGACAAGCAGGACUUUAUACGUAUCCUCAAGGAUGUCGAGGCCAACACCGUCCGCCUGGAGGAACAUGGUAAAGCGGUUCUGGUCCUUGAGAAGAGCUCGGCGCAGGAGUCCACCUAUCAGGGAGGAUCAGCAAGCAGCAACAAGUACACAGUAAUGUCGGGAACGCCAGAGAAGAUCCUAGAACACAUGCUGGAGACGAUUAAACUGGAAACCAGUGAUUUUAUAGAUCCCAGUGUAAGUGACUUCCUCCUAACGCAUCCAGUCUUCAUGCCCUACAGUCAGCUCUGUGCAGCCCUCCAGCAUCACUACCAAGCGGAGCCAUCAGAAGGCUCAGACCUGGAGAAGGCAGCGUAUGCUCUCAACACCAAGCAAAAGGUUGUGAAACUGGUGGGUCAUUGGGUGGCUCUGUUUGGUUCCUUACUGAGGGACAAUCCUGUGGCCUUUGAAUUCUUAGAGAAAUUCAGGGAAGGGGUGAUGGCUGACUCAAGACUUUCCAGCAUGCUCAAAGAACAGCUGAGGGACAGAAGGAAGACAAAAAUAACCGAGAAUGGAUGUCAAACUCUGACGAAGCUAAACCGAAAGUUUGAUUGGUUUUCUGCUUACGAAGAGCCAGUGGGAAAAUUAAGGUCGAUUAAAGCUCAAGAUAAAGUCUUGUAUGAGAUCUUUAAACCGGAUCAUAAGGCUGUCACUGUAAUGCUGCCAGUCGAUGCUUCAGUGAAUGACAUCUUGACUACAUUAGUGGAUCCUGAGAGAAACUAUGUGCUGGUCAAGAUGAAUUCCUCUGGAGACAGAGUCCAGCUCAAGCUGGAGACCACGGCAGUGUCUGCCUCUUUAGGAGUGAACGAGAGGCUUUUCCUCUGCUCUGCCAGCCAAGUGGAACAAUUGACCCCCGUGAGCGAGCAGCUGGUGCCAGAGAAGAGCACCAUGGACACUCUGGAGCAGAUGGGCUCCAAGGACAUGGCCAGUCAGCACACCAGCUACGACUGGGAACUCUUCAUGGCCAUGCAUGAGGUGGAGCUGGUCUACUACGUUUUCGGACGGGAAAAGUUCCCAGGAGCCACUACGGCUAACCUUGAACGGUUUGUCCGUCGCUUUAACGAGGUUCAGUACUGGGUGGUGACUGAGCUGUGUCUCUGUGAGGACCUGCUGAAGAGAGCCAUACUACUGAAGAAGUUCAUCAAGAUGGCGGUUGUGUGAGUACAAAAGCAAUUCACAAGACAGUCAGCUGCCAUACAGU